AAAAGCAAGUAAUACACCAGAAAGUAAAGUUUUAGCAAAAGAGCAAACACUAGAAAAGCAAAAUAUUAGUACUAGUAAAAAUGAAGUUUUAAUAAAAGAACAAAGCAAAGCACCAGAAAGCAAA